AGAUGGCCCCCGCGGUGGAUGAUGUUCGCACGGUGGAGAUUCCGCUUCGCGAUACUGAUGAGGUCAUUGAAUUGGACUUGGACCAGCUACCAGACGGGGAUGAGGUGCUCAAUAUUCUCAAACAAGAGACAGCUCCGCUGCAUAUUUGGGUCUCCUUGGCCCUCGAAUACUUCAGACAAGGGCUAGAAAAAGACUUUGUGAAAAUUUUGGAGUCGUCCCGAACCGACGCCAGCAUUAACUAUGCCAACUUUGAACGCGACCAGAUGCGAGCCCUGGACACCCUGGCCGCCUACUAUGUCCAGGUCGCGCACAAAGAGAAGAAUAAAGACAGAAAGCGUGAGCUUUUUACCCAGGCGACGCUGCUCUAUACGACGGCGGACAAGAUCAUCAUGUACGACCAGAACCAUCUUCUGGGUCGGGCGUAUUUCUGUCUGCUCGAGGGCGAUAAGAUGGACCAGGCUGACGCUCAGUUCAACUUCGUUUUGAACCAGGCACCAAACAACAUCCCCUCUCUCCUUGGUAAAGCGUGUAUCGCAUUCAAUAAGAAAGACUUCCGGGGUUCCCUGGCAUUCUACAAGAAGGCGCUCCGCACGAACCCUAACUGUCCAGCUUCAGUCAGGCUUGGCAUGGGACACUGUUUUGUCAAGUUGGGGAAGGUGGAGAAGGGCAGGUUUGCCUUUGAAAGAGCCCUGCAGCUUGACAACAACUGCGUCGGUGCGCUGGUUGGUCUGGCCAUUCUGGAGCUGAACCUGAAGACCCAGGACUCCAUCAAGAACGGCGUGCAGCUUCUCUCAAAGGCCUACACUAUUGAUUCGACCAACCCGAUGGUACUCAAUCAUCUGGCUAACCAUUUCUUCUACAAAAAGGAUUACCAAAAGGUCCAGCAUCUCGCGCUCCACGCUUUCCACAACACAGAGAACGAGGCGAUGAGGGCCGAGAGCUGCUACCAGUUGGCGCGCGCCUUCCAUGUCCAGGGCGACUAUGACCAGGCGUUCCAGUACUACUACCAAUCGACACAGUUCGCCUCGCCGACGUUUGUUUUGCCAUUUUUCGGACUCGGACAGAUGUACAUAUACAGAGGAGACAACGAAAAUGCUUCUGUAGCAUUUGAAAAGGUCCUGAAGGCCCAGCCUGGCAACUAUGAAACAAUGAAAAUCCUUGGUUCCCUCUAUGCCAUAUCUGACGACCAGACGAAGAGAGACACAGCAAAGCAACAUCUAAAGAAAGUUACGGAACAGUUCCCUGACGACGUUGAGGCGUGGAUAGAACUUGCUCAGAUUCUUGAGCAGUCGGAUCUCUCGGGAGCACUCAACGCGUACGGCACUGCUACGAAAAUCCUAAAGGAUACCGUUCAUGCUGACGUUCCGCCCGAAAUCCUGAAUAAUGUGGCCGCCUUGCACUUCAGGCUUGGGAACUUGGAGGAAGCAAAGAAAAAUUACGAGCAAUCGUUGGAGAGAUCUCGUAACGAGGCGCAGCAUGACGAGACCUACUACGGUGCCAUCUCAGUGACGACGACGUACAACUUGGCCAGGUUGCACGAGGCACUGAAUGUGUACGACAAGGCCGAGAAGUUCUACAAGAAUAUCUUGAGGGAGCAUCCUAAUUACGUGGAUUGUUAUCUUCGGCUUGGCUGCAUGGCACGAGACAGAGGCCAGAUUUACGAAGCAUCUGACUGGUUCAAAGAAGCCUUACGAAUCAACCAGGACCACCCAGACGCUUGGUCCCUCAUCGGAAACCUCCAUUUGGCCAAACAGGAAUGGGGGCCAGGACAGAAGAAAUUCGAGCGAAUUCUCCAGCGCCCGCAGACGAAGGAUGACGCGUAUUCGAUGAUCGCUUUGGGGAACGUCUGGCUGCAGACGUUGCAUCAGCCAAUGAGAGACAAGGAGAAGGAGAAAAGGCAUCAGGAUAGGGCACUGUCGAUGUAUAAGGGCGUGCUGAGGAAUGAUGGGAAGAACAUCUGGGCGGCUAAUGGAAUUGGCUGUAUCCUCGCCCACAAAGCCGCAAUCAAUGAAGCGCGAGAUGUGUUUGCCCAGGUGCGAGAAGCGACUGCCGAUUUCCCCGAUGUCUGGUUGAACAUCGCCCACAUUUAUGUUGAGCAGAGGCAGUACGUCGCGGCAGUUCAGAUGUAUGAGAAUUGCCUGAAGAAAUUCUUCAACUACCACAACACAGAUGUUCUGAUGUACCUGGCGCGGGCCUACUUCAAAGCUGGCAAGCUGAGGGAGUGUAAACAGACACUAGAAAAGGCGCGCCACUGUUCGCCAGGUGACACCAUGCUCAUGUACAACAUUGCCUUGGUGAUGCAAAAGCUUGCCAUGUCCACACUGAAAGAUGAGAAGAGUAACCUGAAGAUGGUGUUGAGCGCUGUAACGGACCUGGAGCUGGCUCACCGCUACUUUACGUAUCUCGGCCAUCACGGUGACCGCAUGAAGUUUGAUCUUCAACAGGCUACAACUGAGGCCAGGCAGUGUUCUGACUUGCUGAGCCAGGCUCAGUACCACGUCUCGCGGGCGCGUAAGAUUGACGAGGAGGAGCGCGCCAUGCGCAAGCGACAAGAGGAAGAGAGGGAUGCCAUCAAACAUAAACAGCUACAAAAGCAGCUCGAUAUACAAAAGCGACGAGAGGAGACAGAGAAGAAGCAAUCGGAGCAGCGUGCGAAGAUUGUCGAGAGGACGAAGCAUUUGAGAGUGGAGGAGGUGAUUGAGGACAAACCUCGCAAGGGUGGAAGGAAAUCAAAACGCGACGAUGGCGUCAUCGAAACUGACGACGAAGAUGACAUGCCAAAGAUGGAGAUGGACGAGGAUGGUAAUCCCAUGCCAAAACAGAAGAAAAAGAGGAAGAGGAAGGGAAGGGACGACGAAGGAACUGGAAAGCGCGAGCGUAAGCCUCGCCAACCAAGGAAACCAAAAGAGGGCGUUAAGUCUCGCAAGAGGAGGAAUCAAAUCGAACAGGAAGGUGACGACGGCUUAUCGGCAAAACAGCGCAGGAAGGUCGUCUCCAAGGCGAUCAUCUCGUCGAGUGAGGGUUCGGAUUCGGAGAGCGAGAGGUUAAAGAUAGAUGGGGAUGACGAGGGUGAUGAUACCGGACCAGUAGGAAAGAGGCGGCGCAUCCUCUCAUCUGGAAGUGAGAGUGACUCUGAUACUGGUGGUCGUGGCGGCGCGUCAGGGUCCGCUUCCGAGGGUGAAAGGUCGGAUAGAUCCAGAUCUAGGUCCAGGUCCAGGUCGGGCUCGCGCUCCCCAUCUCCAGCUGGGUCAAGGGCAUCAUCAAGGCCAAGGUCACGAUCUAGGUCCAGGUCUAACUCCCGAUCAAGGUCAAGAUCCAGGUCAAGGUCACCAUCAGGUUCAAGGUCUCCCUCCCCUGCCAGAAGUGGCUCAGCAAGUCCGGCUCGUUCUGCGAGUCCUGCACGUUCGGCAUCGCAUUCAGAACGAGGCUCUAACGCAGGAUCUGACAGAGAAGCCGGCUCAGCAAGUGAGAGAGGCUCGCCGCCCCCGUCGGACAAUGAGAGUGACUAGAAUCGAGGAUGUGCAUUUAGAAACUGGACGUGGACAUUGUAUUGAACUGUAGCCCAAGAAUGUUUGUCCGGCAGUUCUUUCCUGACACUUCGUGCCGCAAAUUCUGCUGUUGUUGAGUGAUAUCAAACUAUAAACCCAGAUCUUUAACUGUGGAUGUGUUCGUAAUCAGGUCAGGUCAUGUAAAGCCCAGAACUAUUCAUACCUCUGCAUGCCGAAUUCCCAGUGCUGGUGAUUGGCCAUUCUGCUUCUUCUCACACCACUGCUAAACACUUUGCUGCCUUUUUCUUCGCAAGAUCCUGCCAUUAUAAUGAGGCAGCAACAACGAGUCAAUGAGAAUUGUCAUAGUGGUUCAAUUACUCCUAUUUGUCAUUCACAUAAAUUAUUGGCAAUAUUCCUCCAAUGACUCGGCAAUAUUUGAACCAAAAUGGCUGCCUGUCAACAACCCUUAAGUAUUUGACCUGACAGAAAGCAAACUUGCCCUUCGUGCCCUAUUAGAUUGUUUUUGUUGGUCUCUGAUUCUGCAAUUACAAGGCAAAAGGUAUGUCUUCAGUGCCUUUUACUCUUCAAAGACCUUUGUUUUUAUUGUAUUUCACGCAUUGACUGUUAAUCAGUGUUUUUCAUCAAAUUUUCGUCGUUUGCGCGUAGCCCAGUCCAAUUCUUGUACAGCAGAGAUUACACAGACGUAUGGGCUCCGAAACUAUCUAUUCUUAUUCUCCAAGAAUGCAUGUGCGCUGUACCGGCCAGAUACCGGUGAUACAGCAUAGUUAGUGUUUUCUGUGCAGGGCAUCGCGGGGAACAUAAAACCCCAGAUUUCCCCAGGAUGUGCAUGUGACAAACUGGCAUAUUGUGAUUUGCGUGGGUCACUUGCUUCCUAAACGGACUAAACGUUCGGAGCAGACAUCAGACGUUCAAUCAUAUUUCCCACCACUGCAUGAUCUUCCGCUCAUCCACAGCCUCUUAAACCCCCGCCGAGUGUCUUGUGUUACAAAUUGUUACGGAACAUUGCCUUAUCACCUCAAUCUUGACACUAGAGGUGCUCAAAUAAUAAUAUUGACAAAAUAUCAAUAUCGAUAGCUCUUUGAAUGUUUGAGAUUUUAUCCUACUCUCAAUUGAGAUUUCACUCGUGUCUUGUGUUUAUUUGACCUAUUUGGUACCAGCAGCAGUAUAUUACAAUUUGCAUAAAUCCCAACCCUUUGACAUUUAAUGGCAGUUUAAUAGCAGAUGGGGUGUGGGGAUUCACUCUAGAUCUAGCCUGACCAUGUGGGUUGAGGCUAGAUCAAGAGUGAGUUUAUUGGCACCUCCUUGAUUCACUCUUGAUCUAGCCUCACCACGCGGGGUUGAGACUAGAUCAAGAGUGAGUCAAGGAGGUGGCUAGAUCAACAGUGAGUCAAUGACUCACUCUUGAUCUAGCCUCACCCAUCCAACUCGGCUGACUUGACAGACAGAUUCCGCCUUUACCGCCCCAUGACACAAUCGGCUGUCUUCACAAAAAUCCCAACCCUUUGACAUUUAAUGGCAGUUUAAUAGCAGAUGGGGUGUGGGGAUUCACUCUAGAUCUGGCCUGACCAUGUGGGUUGAGGCGAGAUCAAGAGUGAGUUUAUUGGCACCUCCUUGAUUCACUCUUGAUCUAGCCUCACCACGCGGGGUUGAGACUAGAUCAAGAGUGAGUCAAGGAGGUGGCUAGAUCAACAGUGAGUCAAUGACUCACUCUUGAUCUAGCCUCACCCAUCCAACUCGGCUGACUUGACAGACAGAUUCCGCCUUUACCGCCCCAUAACACAAUCGGCCGUCUUCACAAAAAUGCCGUCCACACAACUCGCUCUGCGCUUGAAAAUAAUCACCAACGAGGGUUUAAUUGUGUGUUUUUUGGUUGAAGCGAGAAAACAAGAUGGCGUGGACUCAAACACCUAGACAGCUCCCGUGUUACACUCGAUUAACACCGGUGUUACACAUUACACCGUGACCUUACACCAGGUGUCACCCUGGUGUUGCCGAAGUGUUACACGGGUGUCCAACCCGAGCUCGGUGUAGGGAGUUGAGGUAGGCCUCCUACACCAAUACUACACUAACACCAACACCUAACACUUUCCCAACACCAAGACUUGACCUGACCCAGUGGAUCAGUCCAUGUUUUCAUUGGAUAUCAUGGUCAUAGGGGCUUCAAGCCAUCUUUUCACCCCUAUAUGGUAAUAAGCAUGGCCCAAUUCCAUUGUGCUUUACUGGAAGAGGAGCGGAUCGGAACAAAACGGAUGUUUUGCAAAAUGUAUUAUGUCACAUGAAUCAUCUUGAUAUGUAGAACAUGUAGAAUAGAAUAACAAAGUAAACAAUGCA